GCCCAAAGCUGAAGCUGUUAGUGAAACAUUCAUUAGUCGCACGCGUGCGUUUCUAGUCGAAAAUUCGUAGCACAAACCCGCCAAUUUCGAACGUCGCGUGUGGCUAACGAGCUUGGGAGGCACGCAAAACAGCUUUUGCCAACCAAUCAACCACCAGCAAUAACAAGUACAAAAUGCCAAAAUCGCCAGCUGGCGGUCCCAUGCCCAAGGAUCCAAAUAGCAAAUAUGAUUUGGGCAAAAUAUCAGCGCGUGUGGAUCGGGUGAAUGUUAGCGGAUUGCUGCGCACCCACAAUGACUAUGUGCAGCGGGCGGCGGAGGGCCUGUUCAAGGCGGACAACUUUCAGUCGAUGAUGCUCGAGGCGAUGGCAGCCAAAUCGUAUCUGCAUGAGCUGGGCAUCUUCAAGGAUGUCUCCGUGCACAUCGACAUCAGUCGUGGGGCCGAUGCGACGCCGCAGGGCUACGAGGUGACCCUCAAAGGCAACGAAUACACACGCAUCAUGGGCUCGGCGGGCACAGAGAUUGGCCAGAACGAGGGCUCGCUGCGCACCGAGCUGACCAUACCGAACAUCUUGGGACGCGGCGAGAGCAUCUCGCUGCAGGGCAGCUACAGCAGCAGCCGAGCCAACGAUGUACAGCUGAAGUUCUGGAAGCCCUUCUUUCAUACCCGCUUUCGCGAGAAUCGACCCGAAGUAUCGUUCAGCGUGUUUCGACAAACGGAUCGCUUCAACAUCAGCUCAUUUCAGACCACCAACUUGGGCUACCUGAUUGACUUCAGUGCACACACUAUGCUCGGCGUCGAUCUCACACACUCGCUGCAGUAUGAGAAUUCGAUAAGGGACCUGGGUUUGUUGAACAAAUCGGUGCCGUUUGCCAUACGGGAUCAUAGUGGACCCAAAUUGGCAUCGCUGCUGCGUUAUUCCCUGGUCUUUGACAAUCGGGAUAACAAUGUGUUUCCCACCCGUGGCAUUAUGUUGAAGUCCGUCAACGAGUAUUGCGGCCUGGGUGGCAAUGUGGCAUACACCAGCAGCAUGGCGCAUGGGGAGAUGAAUGUGCCGCUAUUUGCGGGUUUGGUGGCACAGUUCUGUGGCCGUGUUGGCGUCAUGAAGGAGACCAAAAAGACAACGGUGCUGCCCAUUAACAAUCUAUUCUAUUGCGGCGGCCCGCUAACGUUGCGUGGCUUCGAGUAUGGCUGCGCCGGACCCGUUGUCGAGGGCACGCCCAUCGGUGCUCAGACCUUUUGGUGUACGGGCGCCCAUCUGUGGACACCGCUACCCUUUGCGGGCGUCUUCAAGGGACUCGCUAGUCAUUUCCGUAUGCAUUUCUUCUACAAUAUGGGCAAUAGCAAUGCAUUUACAACAGAUAACAUGCGCAGCGCCUAUGGCUUGGGUUUGGCCAUCAAGCUGGCGGAGCGUGCCCGCAUCGAGCUGAACUACUGCAUCCCGUUGAGUCGUCAGGCGACUGACAAGGCCUCGAAUGGUUUCCAGCUUGGCAUUGGCUACGAGUUCGUCUAAAUUUCAAAGUUAACAACUAUCGAAAUACAAUAUGUACUUAGCUGUAUAGAGGCCCCCUUUGAGAUGAUGAUAAUGCUGAUGAUGCUGAUACAAAUGUAGCUGCCCAACAAAUUAGUCACCUUUCAUUUUUAAACUACGAUCUACUCUUAUUUUGUUGUAUUCUUCUUUCUGUUAAUGCAUUUCCGUUAUUGCAUCCUAUUAAAUUUACUUGUAAACAGCAAAACCUAUUAAGUAUAGUUUCUAAGUGUAUAUACAAAAACAAACAAAAAACUGUAAAACCAAUAAAAAAAAAUUACAAAAAAAAAA